AUGGCGGCUACCACUAAUCUCUCCAACUCACGCUUCAUUUCCAAAACCCUAACUCACUCUCUAAACCAUAACCCAUUUCCCCAAAACCCAAUUUUACCCUUCAAGCUCUCAAAAAACUUCUCUCUCAAACACCUCUCUCUCAAGGCAACUAUAUCCCAACAAAACCCUGCUACAACCACAGCUCAAGAAACUAAUCAGUUUAAGCAUUGUUUCUCAAAAUCCCAAGAUGGGUUUCUCUACUGUGAGAAUCUUAAGGUUCAGGAGAUUAUGGAGAGUGUUGAGAAGAGACCAUUUUAUUUGUAUAGUAAACCACAGAUUACUAGAAAUGUUGAGGCUUAUAAGGAUGCUUUGGAAGGACUGAGGUCUAUUAUUGGGUAUGCUAUUAAGGCUAAUAAUAAUCUGAAGAUUUUGGAGCAUUUGAGAGGGUUGGGUUGUGGUGCUGUUUUGGUUAGUGGUAAUGAGCUUAGGUUGGCUCUACAUGCGGGUUUCGAUCCCACAAGGUGUAUUUUUAAUGGAAACGGGAAGCUGUUAGAUGAUUUGGUUUUAGCUGCUCAAGAAGGUGUUUUUGUUAACGUCGAUAGUGAAUUCGAUUUGGAAAAUAUUGUAGCAGCUGCUAGAAUCGCUGGAAAGAAGGUUAAUGUUCUACUUCGGAUCAACCCAGAUGUUGACCCGCAGGUCCAUCCUUAUGUUGCUACAGGGAAUAAGAACUCUAAAUUUGGUAUUAGAAAUGAGAAGCUGCAAUGGUUUCUGGAUGCUGUAAAGGCACACCCUAAUGAGCUGAAGCUUGUGGGGGCCCAUUGCCAUCUUGGAUCAACCAUAACCAAGGUGGACAUAUUCAAGGAUGCUGCAGUUCUCAUGGUUAACUACAUUGAUGAAAUUCGAGCCCAGGGUUUUGAAGUUGAUUACUUAAACAUUGGAGGUGGUUUGGGUAUAGAUUAUUAUCAUUCGGGUGCCGUCCUUCCUACUCCAAGAGAUCUUAUUGACACUGUUCGUGAACUGGUGCUCUCACGAGAUCUCAAUCUCAUCAUUGAACCUGGGAGAUCCCUCAUUGCAAAUACUUGCUGUUUGGUGAACAGGGUCACUGGGGUUAAAACUAAUGGAACAAAAAAUUUUGUCGUGAUAGAUGGCAGCAUGGCUGAACUUAUCCGUCCUAGUCUUUAUGAUGCUUAUCAACACAUAGAGCUUGUUUCUCCUGCUUCACCCAGUGCUGAAUUUUCGAGGUUUGAUGUGGUUGGUCCUGUCUGUGAGUCAGCAGAUUUCCUGGGGAAGGAUAGAGAACUUCCAGCUCCAGCUAAGGGAGCUGGUUUGGUUGUUCAUGAUGCAGGUGCUUACUGUAUGAGCAUGGCAUCGACAUACAAUCUCAAGAUGCGCCCUCCUGAGUACUGGGUUGAAGAAGAUGGAUCGGUGUCCAAAAUUCGACACGGGGAGACAUUUGAAGACCAUAUUCGGUUCUUUGAUGGUCUUUGA